AUGCUGGUGCACAUAUUUGCUACAGACAAGUCAAUUCCCUUCUAUGGCUGUGCUCUGCAGUUCUUCAUUUCCUGUAUCUUUGUUGAUUCAGAGUGUCUGCUGCUGGCAGUGAUGGCCUUUGAUAGGUACCAGGCCAUCAGCAACCCCUGGCUCUACACAGUCAACAUGUCCAGCAAGGUGUGUUCCCUGCUCAUGGCUGGGGUUUACCUGGUGGGAGUGACAGAUGCAUUGCUACACACCACGUUGACAUUUCGCUUGUGUUUCUGUGGCUCUAAUGAGAUCAAUCACUUCUUCUGUGACUUGCCCCCUCUGUUCAUUCUGUCUUGUUCUGACAUACAACUCAAUGAGCUGGCAUUAUUCACUGUGUUUGGAUUCAUUGAACUGAGUACUAUCUCAGAAGUUCUUGUCUCUUACUGUUACAUCAUCUUAUCAGUCCUAAAGAUGCCCUCUGCUGAGGGGAGGCUCAAAGCUUUCUCCACCUGCACCUCCCACUUAACUGCAGUUGCCAUUUUCCAGGGAACUAUGCUCUUCAUGUACUUCAGACCAAGCUCUUCCUACUCUCUAGAUCAAGACAAGAUGACGUCACUGUUUUACACCCUAGUGAUCCCCAUGCUGAACCCUCUGAUCUACAGCCUUCAGAACAAGGAUGUGAAACAAGCCCUGGAAAGAGUGAAAAGCAGUAUUGGUUUUAAAUAG